CCGCGCGCUGAUGGUUGUGUUUCGGUUUCCGUUAAAUCUUUUCAAAAAACAUUUCGAAAAAUAUGCGUUAAAUUGCCGGGAAAAGAUAUCACAAGAUGAUAUUUUAUUUCUCCUACGAGAAUAUAUUGUUAUUAUGAUAGUUUCAUAAAUUCCUCACAACCCAAUCGUUUUUGGGCCGUGACGCGGGAUUUUUUGUUUAUGUUCAAUUGAAAACCUGUGUCCGAAAAACCUUUUUUCGAAAAGAAAUCGCGAAGUGAAGUGAAAUAUUUAAAUCGCAUAGUGCAUAUUAAAACAAUAUAUUCGCCAUAUUGAUACUGUUUAAUAUGAUUUGAUCUAGUACGAUGGAAUUUUUCUAACAACUAUUACUCGUUUAAAAAAAUAAACAAAAAAUUUGCAUAAACAUCUAGCGAUUGGCGGAGAUCUUUAAAAGGUUCCGGCCCCCUCUGAGGAAAACCAAACAGAAAAGAACAACAACAAGAAACCGAACGGCGGCGAGAUAUCAACACCAGAUCGCUUAAAUUCGAACCGAACCGAAACGCUAAUCCGAACCAGGCGCGAUGCACUGCAGCCAAAAGCGUAACGAAAAUCCGAAGACCAAUCUUUGCUAGGGUCGUCCGCAAAUCCCACACAAAGCAAAUACAAAAUAUAAUAAAAUAAUUAAAAAAAAAAAAAAUAAAAUCGAAAUUGAAAUUGAAAGCUACGGCAAAGGAGCUGUGAAUAGAAUUUUAAGAGGAUUCACAAAAACGCGACGAUGGCCAUGUUGGAGGCAAGGCCGUAUAGGCCAUUCAAAUCCAGCGAGGAGUAUCUGGAGGCCAUGAAGGAGGAUCUGGCCGAGUGGCUCAGCACUCUCUAUCCGGAACUGAGCAUCAAUGCCGAGAACUUCAUGGAUCGACUGGACACAGGCGUUGCAUUGUGCAAGCACGCAAAUUAUGUGAGGCAGGCGGCGGAGGAUUAUUUGGCCCGGCGACAGGCCCGCAACAAAUCGAUGACCCGCUCGAUGACCUCGGGUCUAGCAGGUCCAAUUCUGGCCCUGGGCAACGUCCACUACCUUCCGGCCGCCAAGAGUGGCACCUUCUUCGCCCGCGACAAUGUGUCCAACUUUAUAACCUGGUGCAGGAAAAGCCUGAAGAUCAUCGAGUGCCUGCUGUUCGAAACGGACGAUUUGAUCAUGCGCAAAAACGAAAAGCACGUUAUCCUCUGUCUUCUGGAGGUGGCACGUCGGGGCGCUAAAUUUGGAAUGCUGGCUCCCAUGCUGGUGCAGAUGGAGCGACAAAUCGAUCGGGAGAUCGCCGCUGAUAACAAGGCCAAUGGUGUUGGCUCCUCGGAGAGCGGUACCCAAACGGAGGCCAUUAACUCUGGACAUAGUAUGGCCACAACGACGACAAUAACGACCACCACUGUGGAGACGGAUCUGUACGAUGACAGCGAUGAUUCAGAGACCGAGGAUGAUGGCGAUGAGAAUCCCGUGCUGAUGUACGGCCCCCAGCCCCAGAUAAUCACCAACGAUCUGAAGAGCCUCGAUGAGAUGGUCAGGGAUCUGGUCGAGAAGUGCACAUGUCCCUCGCAGUUUCCCAUGGUCCGAGUGUCCGAGGGCAAAUACCGCAUCGGCGACACCAAAGUUCUCAUCUUUGUGCGGAUCCUCCGUUCUCACGUAAUGGUUCGUGUGGGUGGCGGCUGGGACACACUGUCCCAUUAUCUGGACAAGCACGAUCCGUGCCGCUGCCGGGCUCAACAUCGCAGCUCCGUGGCCGCCCGUCUCGUUCCCCGCCAGUCCCCGAACCACAAUCCCAGCAAUGGAAUCGAGCUCCAUAAGGCCCAGGUGAUAUUCGAGAGGUCACCGCCAGCAGCUCGUCGCGUAUUCAACAGUCCCAAUUGCAAUGGGGGAUCGGGAACGGUGUCGGGCAUGGGAGGAGGAUCCACCGCAGCCGGAGCAGGAGUGGUGGGCGUGGCCCCGCCUCCACCGCUCCAGAACGGUCACAGUCUGUCGCCCAAUUCGGGAAAAUACCGCAGUCGCAGUCCGACGCCACAGCGCAAGUUUCUUAAUCAGCAGACGAACGGAGGCGGAGGCGGAAUCGGAGGAAGUGCAUCAUCCGCAACGGGAUCCAGCCAGACGGCAGUCAGCACAGAAGCCUCCAGUGGCCAGCUGCUCGGAUCGUCCAGUCUGGCCAGGCGCUCCAUGUCGCCAAGUCCGCGCCGGCUGAUCGAUAUGCGCAAGAAACAGAGCUCCCUGGACUCGUACAGCAGUGGUCCCAAAUCGCUGCCCGGCUACAGUUGCUCCCUGGAGGAGGCGAACGGAGGAGGAGGAGCUGCGGUCGGAUCGGCAAUAGGCUCUACAGGAUCGGGGACGGGGGCGGAGCAGGGUGGCGCCAACAAGUUCGAGAAUAUCAGCGACAAUGGCAGCGAGAUCAGCGACGAGGGAUACCGCAGCCUGGGCGUCAUCCAAUCGGGUGCCCAGAAACGCGAGUCCCUGCACAGUCAGGCCUCCAUCGAGGACGCUGAAAGCAAUGCGCGUCUGGAUCAGACCUCCAGUGACUCGCAGAUCUCGCCCUCCGAUGAGCCGGCGGAGAAGACAGCCGUGGAUAUUCUGGAAGAGGAGGACCUUGGCAGCCAGGACCGUGAGGAGGAGCACGAGGACUACUCCGUGUGCGAUGGCCCCCAAUCCCUGCCAGCGAUUCUCAGCGGGGCCCACAAGCUGAACGAUAAAUUCGAGCAAUCCGGGAUCUUCAUCACCGACGACGAGAUCACCGUGGACAUGGUGCCCAAGGCCGAAGAUCAAUCAGUGACCCCAGCUCCCGGAAUUCCGACUCCCAAUCUCAGCAAGAUUCCACGCUCGCCACUGGCACAACGUCGUCGCCGGAGCAUCGAUAAUAGUACAUGCGGCGGUGCCGGCGGAAGCCUGCAGGAUUUGAGCAGCCGCUCGGGACUACCAGCUCCGGCUGCCUUUAGCCGAAAACAGCCCGUCUAUCGAUCCGUGCGAACACGCCAUUCAACGGGUGCCACGCCCACUCCGGUGGCGCCGCCCCGAUCGCGUCAAGCCACCCAGUUGCCCAUGGUGCGGGAUGUCACGAACACAUGGAGUGGACGAGCCACUGGGGCACCGAAGCGACGACCUCCCUGCACCGCCGACACCUUUGUGGCACCCACAAAUGGACAGGCAGCAGGAUCGGGAUCGGGAUCGGGAUCGGGACCCUUUGAGCGGAACGGCAAGGGACGCUCCUCGCAAAUCCUCUACGACAGCAAUGGCCGGCGGGUGAGGAGUGGGGCACCGGGAUGCACCAGUUCGCUGACCACGUCGCCAGUCAAGAAUCACGCCUCCUCACCGCUGGCCCAACAACUCCUGGAGGCGGCCAGCAGCGCGAAGAACGAUGCCCAGAUUCUGGAGAAGAUGAAGUCCCUACUUUCACGCUAUGCGGCUGGUAACCAAGCGAAAGCGGGAACAGCAGCAGCAGGAUCAGGAGCAGGACCAGCAGCGAACAAGAUCAACAGUAAUGGCAAGAAGACGCCGGUCUACGAGGACUUCACCACGGCCUGGGUGCACAGCAAUGGGAAUCUGGAGCGAUCGGAGAGCUGUUCGCCGCCAGCGAAGGCCCGAUCCAAGCGAAGUUCCGCCGCCAGUUCCUGCGAGAGCAAUAACUCCAAUGCGGGAACGGGUGGAGCGGGGGCAGGAGGAGCAGGAUCGUCCAGUGUGGUGUCGCCCAGGCGGGAGAGGGGCAUGUCCAAGAUCCCGGCGCCAGUGCGCCACCAUACAGAGCUUUACUAGCAGCGCCGGAGGACGCCAAGCGUCCAGGUCCGUUUCCAAGCCAAGUCGAGGGUUUUUUGAAAAGCCUCCAAGCGAGCAGAGGAGCAAAGCGAUGAAGUGGAGUCGAGUGACUGGGGAUUGGGGGUAGUACAUACAUCUAUGUAUAAGAUAGGGUUAAAGCCAAGCUGGAAUUGUCUGCUGCUGCUACGGCGUGUGUGUGUGCGUGGAGAGCAGAGGAAGGAUGAAGAAUCAGAAGGGGAUCCAUUGAAGGAAGUAGAAGAACCAUUACAAAAUGGGCGAUCGAAAGGUAACCCUUUAAAAGAUUUAAACCCAGAAGACAGUCUAUUAAAUGAUGGUGCAUCGCAAGAUGAGCCAUAGAACCUUUUCCAAAAUGGAAAGUCAUAAGGAAAACCAUCUCAAAAGACAAAGAAUCGGAGGUGACCCCACUCCAAAAUAAAGCCAGGGGAAAGCCAUAGCUAUAGGAUACCCAAAUCAGAAUCAGGAUCGAAAAAUGUUGAGUGAAGAGUGCGAAAACUGAAACUGCCUCAAAGACAGACAGGUCAGAAUCCCUAGCAGCCAGAGACCCCAAGCAUAUCCCCCUUAUAAACAGCUCUCUAUCUAAGUAACUUUUUUUCCUUAACUCAACUAUAAUGAACCCCCUAUACUCGUCGUUAUAUAAGCUCCCUACGUUAUGAACUCUCUUUCCGUGUAACCACUAGGCGCAAGCUCCACUUUCCUUAAGCUUCAUAUUUCCAAACAAGUCAGUUACAACUUUUGUGACUUUAUAGAAUAACUGCAUUUUCGUAAUUAAAAUCAAAAGCAUUUGAUUUGUAUUUAAAGCUAGCGUAUUAACGAAGUUAUAUAUGAAUUUCGGGACACCCCCAGUUGGCUUUGAUCUGUGCUGAUCUAGGGUAAUGAAUUAACCAUAUAUACAAUCCAAAUUUGAGACUCGAGUAAAAAUUUUAAAUCAAUUUUUUGUCUAGAACCUAGAACAGGAAUUUUAAAUCUACACAAAAGCCUCAUGCAAAACAAUAUUGAAUAUAUCUAUUAAAAAAGCAUACACACACACAUAAACACACACACAAUCGCAUAUACAUAGACGAAGCAUAAAUAGUUUUCUAGAAAUUUUUAAAGUAAAGCCAACAAAAUUCUUCAGAUUCGAUUUGUAGCGAAGCCGAAUACAUUUAUUUUUGUACGCUUGAUCAGAGGAACCGGCGGAGAUCGUGGGAUCGGGAAAGAAGAAUAGCUUUUAGACAACUCGACUUUUACAGUAUAGCUAUAUAUAUAUACAAGGAAGAUUGGAUUCGGUUAGAGGGAUAUAUAGCAUGCAUAGCUAGGAAAUGAGGCGACCGCCCCCGCAAAACACCUCCGAAAAGUGGGUGCUCCUUGGUCUGGAACUCCAAAAUCACGCUCUUCAAACACACAAGCCUGCACCACCAAAAACACACACACACACCCACACCACACAAGGAAUACAGUGCGUUUCGGAACUGUAAGGCAGAUCCAAGAGUUUAGUUCGAAUUUAAUGACCGUUUAAUCACACUACACUAAAAUAGACAACUGUAUCGAAUUACCUUAGUAACUUAUAAUCAAAGCGAUUCGAUAACAGCCCCAAAACGCAUUGUUAUUACCAAGCAUACUUUAUCAAACACAUAAAAUAUAAACACAAAACAAGUAAAAAACGGUCACAAAAAAAGGAAAAUAACUGAGAAACUAUAGCUUUUAAUGGAUAUCGUAGAGCGAACGAACGAACCAUAGCAUAAUUUUCAGAACCCUUCAAAUUUAUACAACUAAAAACACACAUACAUAUACUGUAUGAAUAUUAUUAUUUUUUUUUUAUUUAGCUUUAGCAAUGUUAACAUAUAGUUUAGUACAUCGUACCUAUGAUCAUAACUAUAUAGAUUGUAAAUUGUGUUUGUCUAAUUGCCCCCAUGUUGUAUAGUUCUUAUGUACUCGUAAAAUCGGCCUUAAUGUUCAGUCUGUCGAUACCUUAUAUCAGUUUUAUAUUGAAUUUUUUUUUUCUUUUUUAUAAUUUCUAUUUGAAUUAAGUUGCGUUUUUUUAGCUUUUUAUUGUACACCAAAUGAUACCAAUUUAUGUAUAGAAUCGAAGUGGCGAAAGAGAUCGCAACCAAAAUAAUUAAUGAUUAAUUGUUUAACAAUUAAAUUGUUCCAAUACACACACACACAUAUAGACAAAAAACAAUACACAUACACACCUGAUCCGUGGUGUAAUUAUAAUUAUAGAGAAUUAAGCAAUUUGACCGAUUUGCAUGCCAAAAGGUUGAUAACAAAUCGAAUGAAGAGAGGAGGAGAUUGCACCACGGGUUCUCGAGCGCUGGCCAUGAUGAGCAUUGCAUCGCAUCGCAUAUAAUAUAUAUAUAUUUGGAUAUAUAUCGCAAAACAUAUAAAGUGUAUUUUAAAUACAGCUAAAGUGUAAUUAUCAAUUCAUUUCAAAAGCAAACUAACUAUUACAAAUGGAAUAGAUUAGACCGCAAGGGUGUACUCUAAGCGAACCAGCAGCAUAAUUGAUUUUAAUCACAAGAAUUUAAUUAAUAAAAGCCUAUAUACAAUUAUAUAAAAUCCAAAA